AUGUCGGACCUCACAACGACGGCCGCCUUCGAGGGCAUGGCUAGGGCUCUGCCCACGCACCCGCAGGGCGACGACUCGUCCGACCUGGCCAGCUCCUACGAGGCCAUCGGCCUACUCCUCCACUCGUACCUCACAUCUCUCGGCUUCACCCUCAUCGGCCUGCACGAGGGCAGACCACUAGCCGAGUGCCAGUCCCUCGCGCCUCGCCUCCCCGCCGCCUGGAACGCCGGCUUCGGCUCGCUCAGCUUCGUCUACACCCACGCGCAGCAGCAGGACGACAAGACCACCCACAUCUUCCGCGUCGAUAAGAUGGGCGCCAGAGUCGAGAUCCGCGGCACCACCUCCUCCCCCUCGUCCUCUGACAGCAACGCCAUCCACCGCUUCGACGUCGCCGCCCGCGACGUCGUCCAGUCCAGCGCCCUACCCCUGCGCAUCACCCUCGAUGCCGACGGCAAGGACACCGGUGACCGCCGAGACCUCGUCGACAAGCUGCGUCGCGUCUUCGUCUCCGACGCCGCCGUCGCGAGCCUCCUCACGGACGUCCGCACCAAGAUUGUCCAGCCCCUGCUCGGCGACGUCCCCGCUGCCGGUGCCACCGAGGAGCAGGCGGAGGAGCGGGAGCAGGUGCGCACGUUGCGCGAAGAGCGCUUCCAGCAGGAGAUGCGGGACCCGAACCGGCCGUUUGGCGGCGACCAGCCCUCCUCGGGAGCAGACGUGCCCCUCCCGCGACCGGACGAGCUGCCCGAGUCGGCGCGGCCCCGACGCCCCGCAGCCCCCAGCGGCGAGUUCAUGCCUCCCGGCUUCGACGACGAGUACGACCUCAACCGCCCACCGGCCGUCGGCGCAGGAGGUCUCGUCAUGCCCGGCGGCAGCGGCCGCUCCCCGUUCAACAUCGGCCACGACGACCUGCACCCGCCCGGUCUCGGGCCGCACGACCCCCUCCGCAGUUCCGGCCUUCCCUUCGGCGGUGGCGGCGGUGGGGGUGGUGGCUUCGGCGGCAUGCACCCUACCUUUGACGACCCCCUCUUCGCCGGGCAGGGGGGCCGCACCGGCCCGGGCAGGGGCUCCGGCGGCGAGUUCGAUCCCCAGGUGCCUCCCGGGGCGCGGUAUGACCCCCUUGGUCCCGGUGGCGGGCCUCGCUUCCCUGGGCCGGGUAGUGGCCAAGGCGGUCAUCCGUUCGGAGGUGGUGGUGGUAUCAUCUAA